AUGUAUUCUUAAGAAAAAUAAGAAUCUAAAAGUGUUAGAGAUGAAGUGUCUCCAUAAAUUCGAGAUUUCAUAAUCAAUUUUAGAAACUAAUAAGCUUAACUUUCUAAACAAAAUGCAUACUAGCAAUCAAUUAAAAAAACUAUUCCAAUUAAAUAAAUAACGCAAUUGAAGCUAAAUAGAUAAUCAGUUGAUACUUAAACGGAUCUAACAGAGUAUUAAUCAGAUACAUCAUUUAAAAGAAAUUCAAUAUAAAUUUCAUAAAGAUAAAACUCAAUGUAUUCUUAAUCAUACUUGACUACUAGAGAAGUGUAAAUAUAAUGUGAUGAUAAUAAAGUAAAACCUUCUGAUGAUUUUCCAUCAGCCAGAGUUAACUUUCAAUAUCUUCAUUAAAAUUAUUAAUCAACUUAAUCUUAAUAGUCUGACUUGGGAACUUAAAAUAUUUCAUAACCAUUACCUUUAAUAUAUAGAUCCCCAUAAAAGUUUGAAAGUGAAAUUAAUUUUGAUUAAAUGACUGAACAAAUCCUCAAUAAAGUUAUAUAAGAAUUAGAUAAAAGAAGCACAGAAACCAAUCAAUUUUAAUAAUAAUAAUCUGUUUCUAAGUCAUUCUCUAGUUAAAAAUUGAAUAAUUUAUCAAUAAAUAACUAAACUAUUUCCUUAAGUGUUAUACCUUAACCAAAAAAUGAAGAUGAUGAUUCUUUUUUAAAAUUCAUGUAAUCAUUUACAUCUACAUUUCUUUUAGUUAGAUGAGCCUUGUUAAUAAAAAUAAAAUUUAUUAUGAAGAACAAGAAAAUCAACCUCCGUAAAAAAGUCCUGUAUAAUAUUUUUCAAAUAUUCCUAAAAUAAGAGAACAACAUUCAAAAUCAUCAAUUAGUAAAUCAAUUUUUACAGAAUCUACAAAUAAAAAUAGUAUAAGUUAAUAAUAUCAAUAGAAGUAAUUAAGACCAAAAAUAAUACCAACACAAAGUAAAAUCCUCAUCAAAGAUUGUAUUAAGAUGCUUGUAUGCGAUAAGAGAGAAAGACUAUGGCUUCCAACAGAAAACCAAGAUAUUGA